AUGGUGGGAACGACACUAGACGUAGGCCAAGGAUUCUGUGGCAGGUACGGGACGGGAAGCCAUGUACGAGACGCUAAACUUGGUGAAGCAAACGGCACGGAAGCAGACCACGAAGUCGUCCCAAGACUUGUCACCACCGGCGAUGGCAAAGCACUGGAGGCCGACAACACUGAAGGCAGCACAACAGGGAGAAGCGACGAAGUUGGCGAAGUUAAACCCGACAAUGACGAAACCAAACCCGCGGAUGCAAUUGAUGUAGAAGCCGACGAAAUAACAUCGCUAUGGACUGGCGAAAGCGAUAAAUCCGUUCCAGAACAACUGGACUGA